UGGAGCUUCGCCCACCUUCCCCAGUGUGACGGACCCCGGAGCCGGGGCCUAUUGCGCAAGCCGAAGGCACUCGGCUAGGAGACUGUAGCUGUCUAGGCGGCUCGCCUCACACUGCGGCGGGACCUGUGGCGGGCUCCGCGCCGGAAGCGGAAGCUGGGGGGCGGGCCCGGGGCAACUGGAGCCCGCGGCAGUUAAUUUUUUUUUACCGUGUGGUCUUGCUUCCUCCGACCCGACUUUGCUGAAGCUGCGAGAGAUGGUCCGGUCCGGAGCUCGCCCGGGCCAGGUGUUAUCUUCAGGAAAGCACACAAGACCUACUAAAUUAACAAAUGGAAAGAAAGGGACCCACUUAAGAAAGAUUUCACAUAUUAAUCCUGAUUCUGCCUGUCCUGUCCAUUCUGAUUCAGAAAGCCAGACUGAAACUAUACAAGGGCUUGAUGGUUGUGCUUCUUUGCUGCGGGACAUUAUGAGAAAUGAAGAUUCAGGUUCAGAAAUAGCAUAUUCAGAAAACAAAUGUAUUCACAGACAUUUAGAAGACAGACGAUAUGGAACUAAGAAGAAAGGACAUGAGAAACUUACUGUACCAUUAGUAGUCCGGAAAGAAAUGUUAUCUUCAAAAAAUAAGAAACAGAUACCCAGUGAAGUUUCUGCUAGAAUUGAAAGAGACUUGUCAGAUACAGCACAAAACUGGUCAUUUCAAGAUCAUUAUAGAAUGUAUUCACCUAUAAUAUACCAAGCCCUCUGUGAGCAUGUACAGACUCAGAUGUCACUGACAAAUAACUUGUCUGCAAAGAGUAACUCUGCAAGUCCUGCUGUAUCUUUCCACACAGUGUCUAGUUUUGAAUCUCAGGUAAAUCCACAAGCUAACUGUGGUGUAUCUACCUCUACCCCAGCUCAGUUACUUCAGCAACCACCCUACCCACCAAUGGUCCAUUCUGCAGUUCAGACCGAUAGUGACUAUCAGUUUCUAUCAAAAUCUAAAACAAUGUCUGUGAAUUAUAAUGAUUUUCUAAAGAAUUCAUUCAGUGUUGAUGUUGGAGCUCCAUAUAGACUACCCAAAACUGACAAGCCAGUUCUUCAAGCCCAUCAGCUGGAUUUUAUUAAUGGAACUCUGCCACAAGGUGUUCCUAGUGAACCAGAUCUGCAGAAGUGUUUCCAAACAUAUAUGAAUCUGUUGUGUUCUCAAGAACAAGCAAGUCAAUCUAAUAGUCAGACACAUCAAAGCUCUACACUCUUAGAAUCAGCUUUCUUGGCCACCAAUGAAGAACAGUGUGGAGAAGGACAAAGUGGAGAGAUCACAAGUGAUGGAAAGGAUUUAAAUGCACAUGUACAAAAUUCAAGAAUAAAGGAUGUGCAGAAGGCAAAAGAUGUGAACCAGAGUACUGAAAAAAUUAGAACUAUAAAGUAUUUGUUGGGAGAGCUUAAGGCCUUGGUAGCAGAACAAGAGGACACAGAAAUUCAAAGGUUGAUUAUAGAAUUGGAGACAUGUAUAUCUCUACUUCCAAUAAUAAAAAGAAACACAAAUGUUCAAGUUGAAAUAGCAUUGGCCAUGCAACCACUAAGAAGUGAAAAUGCUCAGUUACGCAGACAGUUGAGAAUUUUGAACCAGCAGCUUAGAGAACAAAAAAAAACUCCAAAGGCAACUGGUUCUAUGGAGUGUAAUCUUGAAUUGUUUUCUCUUCAGUCAUUGAACAAAUCACUGCAAAAUCAAUUACAGGAGUCCUUAAAGAGCCAGGAAUUAUUACAGAGAAAAAAUGAAGAGCUUUUAAAAGUAAUUGAAAAUCAGAAAGAUGAAAACAAGAAGUUUGCUGAUGUAUUUAAAGAGAAAGAUCAAACUUUACUUGAAAGUAAGCAGCAAUUUGAUAUUGAGAUAACAAGAAUGAAAAUUGAAUUCGAGGAAGCUUUAGUCAAUGUGAAAAGCUCUCAAUUUAAGUUAGAAGCUGCUGAAAAGGAAAACCAAAUAUUGGGAAUAACUUUACGUCAGCGUGAUGCUGAGGUGACUCGACUAAGAGAAUUAACCAGAACUUUACAGAGCAGUAUGGCAAAGCUUCUCUCAGAUCUUAGUGUGGACAGUACUCGAUGCAAGCCGGGGAAUAAUCUUACCAAAUCACUUCUGAACAUUCAUGAAAAACUUCAGUAUGACCCAGUCCCUAUUCACACAUCCAUAAUGAGCUACCUAAAUAAGUUAGAAACAGAUAAUAUGUUCACACAUUCAGAGCCACUCUCUACAGUUAACAAUGAAGAAAACACAGUACCUUCUAGAUCCUGUGAAGAUAUUCUGCCUUCUAAAGGCUCUCAGCAUAGUAGGAGCACAGAGGAACUAUCACCACCUGGAAUCAUUUCUACCCUUUCAAAAAAUUCUGAUGAGGAAAUCGAAGUUAUGACUUUAGUUGAAGAUGAGUGCAAUUUGGAUAAUACAAUUUACAUCCCAUUUGCUAGAAGCACUCCUGACAAGAAACCACUGUCUAAAAGAUUAUCCCCACAGUCUCACAGCAGUGUAAAUCCAUCUCAUCUGAUUAGCAACAGUGGCCUUGCUAUCUCUGAAAAAGAAAAUACACUGUGCGUAGCUGGAGUUUGUUCUUUUUCCAAAAAGGAAGCAGAAGAUACACCUGAGAAGCUUUCCAGAGCAGCUGAUCUGGAGGAUAAGCAGCUCCUCAAGAAAAUAAAGGAAGUAAUUGGUAAAAUCCCAUCUGCCACCGAGAAGCCAGAGGACCUUGCUGUGCAGCUUGGUCCCUCGGUUUGUCCGGGCAGCAACACUCAAGUGAAAAAUAGAGCCAUCUCUGAAGGUAGCUUUUUAAAUUCUGACUUGAUGUCAGAUUGGAGCAUCUCAUCUUUUUCUACAUUCACUUCCCGAGAUGAACAAGACUUCCGAAGUGGUCUUGCAGCCCUUGAUGCCAAUAUUGCAAGACUCCAGGAGUCCUUAAAGACUGACUUUCUGGAGAAAUGAAUUUAAAAGUAAACAGAUUGAGUACUUUUUUUGUUUUUUAAGAAUAGAACUUGAUUACAUUGAAUGUAUACUUUAAAUUUAUUUAGAGAAAUAAUGUUUUAUGUUAAUUAUGGAAUAAUAGAUUGUAUGAAUAAAAUUGAUUAUUGGAAUAUAUUGAUAUGGGAGCUUGUAAAAACAAGUCAUCUUGAAAAAUUGACAUUUUCUAAAAGAAUUUUUUAGAUAACAAGGGUAAAAUUUAUUGUAAAUAACAUAUUAUUUUGGUCCUUAGCAGUUAUAGGGGUUGUUCUUAUUUACCCAACUGGUGUAAAGGUGCAGCAUGGGAGGAUUCUUUUCUUAUCCUGAAGGAUAAUAAGGGAAUCUAGGUCCAAUUUUAUUAAAAUCAAACUAGUUUCUUUCAUGAUUCCUGUUUCUUUUUUCUUUUUUUUUCUUUUUUUUUCCUGUUUACUUUUUCAAUGGUGCAUUGUAUUUUUAUGUGAUACGCUCUGUGCUCCAAGCUAGUGUUGUUGAUGAAAUAUAUAAACAUCUCUUUUAAGAGGAAAAGUGCCAAUAUCUGUAUCUUUUAAAAGCAUUGAUUGGUCCAAGAAAAUGCAAAAUAACAUCCUAAUGUACCAUAUUUUAAACAUUGUCACUUUUACUUAUUUUUAUCUGAUGCACGUUUAAUUAUGAUCUUUAAGCAAAGUUGAACUAAAAAAUGCUAACAGUCCUUAGGUUUUGAAAUUUAGGUCUCUUCAAUAAGAAAUAUUUACUUGGUUUUUGUCAUUCUUAUAUGACAAAAUAUCUGAAUGUGGUAAGUGUUUAUAAAUCUUAUAAUAGUUAUAAUUCUGCCUUUCUAAACCAAUUGUUUCAGCAACUUACCUGAGAACAUUUUCAGUCUAUAAGAAAUAUGAACUAAGUUGUCUCUGUUCCUCUUACUCUUCCUACUACUUGGUAUAACCCCCUUCAUAAAUAGCAUAUUUUUACUCUUGGAAAACUGAGUGUUCUGCUGGCACUAAUACUCCAUAUAAGUUACCUGCCUGGUGUCAGUGUGUUUAGUGCUUGGGCAGGCAUUAGUGUUCUGCUUGUCCCAGAACCUUCCCUGCUACUUUUGAAAGUGUUGAUUAUUUCUUGGAUAGAGACAGUCAGAAAUUGAGAGGGAAAGGGGUGAUAGAGAGGGAGAGAGACAGAGAGAUACCUGCAGCCCUGCUUCAUCACUUGCAAAGCUUUCCCACUGCAGCAGGUGGGGACCGGGGGCUCGAACCUGUGUCCUUGCGCAUUGUAACCUCUGUGCUUAACCAGGUACGCCACCACCUGGCCCCUCGUGUUAAUGUUUUUUUUUUUUUUUUUCCUCCUCCAGGGUUAUUGCUGGGCUCGGUGCCUGCACCAUGAAUCCACCGCUCCUGGAGGCCAUUUUUUUUCCCUCCUUUUGUUGCCCUUGUAGCUUCGUUGUGGUUAUUAUU